AUGACUGAACUGAUUUGUCAAACAGUGAUAAACGAAGAAGAUGGAGGUGCAGGUGACCCCCUCAGGAUGACGACAAAGCUGAAAGAAGGUGAAGUAAAAAUCGAACGCCUCCUUGAACAAUUUCCAGAGGAUACGGUGGAAGAGAUUAAAGAUGUCAUUACAGCUGAAAACUUAUGCUCCUGUCAAAAUCCCUGGAAAACAUCCUUUCAGUGUAAUGCAAAGCUCAAGAAAGUUGCCCAAGAACGAGAUGAGAACGCGGAAAUCCUCAACAAUUUGGCGGGAAAGGUUCAAGACUUCUCCGUUGCGUUGAUGGACCAAGUAACCCCAACAGAGGAAAAAUCCAUUGUUAACAAUGCAUCUUUACUUGAUAGUAUAACUCAGCCAGCAAUUGACUACCAACAGAAGAAGCCGCUCGGGAUAUUACUUGGGCUCGCUGUUAGUCCAUCAAGGGACGAACAAGACCGACGAGUCAUCUAA